AUGGAUUCAAGGCAGAUUGCAUCAGCUGGGAUACACCCGAUUGAAUUAUGCAUUUAUUCAGUCCUUUCAAGCAACCUGGAAGCCAUAUAUCAAGCCAUUAAUGAAUUGAGGGAGUCUCAGGCAUUGUUGGUCAUGAAACUCAACCAGGUAAGGAGUUCCUUUCAAGAGGAACAGGAGAUUUUGCGUGAAGAAGGCUCUUUAAAGGAGGAACUUGCGAGGCUUCAUGUCCUUAAGAGGCGAGUGGAUAAGAUAGUGGAGACCUAUUCUGCGUUAGCAACGAAAUGUAAGAAACUAUAG